AUGAAGGCCAACUUCGCUGUCAUCAUUGCUUUCCUCACGGCCUCUAUCUCUGCCGCCCCCCUUGAGGUCCGUGAUGUCGCCCAAGUGACUCUUGCCCUCUCCAACGACCAGAGCGGGGCAUACGCUGGCGUCACUUUCCCCGCCGAUGGCAAUGACAGGAGCAUCAAGGGCCUCUACGGUGGCACCUCUGUUGGAGCCAGCGGCAACGUUCUCGCCUCGUCUGCUCAGCUGACGUCGUUCCCUCAGACCAUCAACUGUGUUAUCAAAAACAACGGUGUCCCGAUUGGAACACUCACCGCUCAGCAUACGUAUCUCGACUUGAACGGAGACCCGGCCUCCAAUGCCCCAGUCAACCUGAACAACGGUGUCGUCAAUUGCCGUGCUUGA